CUCCGCUUCUUGGAUAUCCUUGGGAUAGUUCUUAAUGUUAAGUAGUAGCAAAGAUGCCUUGGACACUGCCACGUUAGCCUGUUCCUUUCGGAAGUAAUGUUUUCGGCAAUACGGCAACGUCGUUAUGCUCCUUCCCUGGCAGACACGUUAGUACUUAUGUAUCUCCUCAAGGUGCUCGCCAUCAUCGCCGUGUGCGUGCAAGUUGGCGCAGGGCGGUUGCCCUCUUUGGUACGCGAAAGCGGGCUCCAUGGGCGCGAGCGCUCCCUCCUUCAGGCUGCCAAUGCAUCAGCUGUCGUCGUUGUCGGCGAAUCCAGCGGCGUGUACCCUUGGGGUUUAAUUUUCCCCGAUGCGGGCGCAAAAUGGAUAUGGUCGUGUUCAUAUGAGGAGUCCUUCUUCACUUCCGACAUGUACUACAUAUUUACAAAGGUCUUCACCAUCGACACCACCAGAAAUGUUUCGUUAUACCUAGUUGCGGAUAACAGAUGCGAUGUGUACCUCGACGGAGAGCUAAAAGGCCCCCUGCACGGCGGCUGGCCGACGACAUGGCCCGGUCCCGUGGCCCCUGGGGAGUACAUCCUGGAGCCAGGUGUCCACACACUGGACAUCCAGGCCGUGAACCUCGGCUGCCGUGGCUGCUGGAACCCGGCGGGUGUGAUUGCUACCUUGAUUGAUGACGAGUCGGGUGAAGUGCUCGUGCAUACGGAUGAGUCUUGGACCUGGACGUAUAACGGUACUGAGGGCGAUCUCCGUCUGGUCACCAGCGAGGGUCCAGUGUCAGACAGCCAGCAGGGGAUGGUCCAAAUCUACUUCCAGGGUCGGUGGGUCAGCCUGCACCAGGAUAGCUGGGGCUUCAUGGAGGCCCGGGCGGCCUGCAGGCAGCUCGGUUGGGGCACCGGAAUCCCAGUCACUGCCGCAGGGGCGCUGUACGGCAGCCGCCCGGAAGCCGUGUACCGCUCGUACGGCUGGUACUGCGAUCGUACAAAGGACCGGCUGACUGACUGCGGCGCCUUCAGCGGGGCGGUGUAUGCGGAGAGCGGCAGCGGGGUCAAUGAGACGGCGGGUGUAGAGUGUCGCAAUGACCCGCCCGCCAAUGACGGCGAUCUGCGUCUCCUCAGCAGCGCCCCCAACGCCACCCUCAGCGGCGCCGGCAUCCUGCAGAUCUACUUCGCGGACACCUGGGCCUACCUCAGCAGCUGGGCGGACUGGGGCUACCUGGACGCGCGCGCCGCCUGCAGGCAGCUGGGCUGGCAGACGGGGGCAGCGCUGGCGGAAGCAGGGGCGCUGUACGGCAGCGGUAGUAAUGGUAGCGUGGCGGUUGUCGGCCCCGUGUUGCGUCUGUACCCCUACUGCAGCUGGGCGGAUACCCGAUUGGCCAACUGCUCGCAUGGAUGGAACGCGUAUGAGAUGGAGGUGGCGGAUGGGCGGGGGUACAACCAGACGGCGGGGGUGGAGUGCAGGAACGAGCCCCCCGGCGAGGGCCAGCUGCGGCUGGUGGGCAGCGACCGGGCUGGUUCCGGCACGCUGCUGCUCUACCACUCGGGCGCCUGGGGGGCGCUGUCUGCCUCCGCCUCCACCAGCUGGGACUGGCGGGCAGCCCGCCUGGUGUGUCAGCAGCUGGGCUGGCGCGACGGCAGCCCGGUGGCGGAUGCGGGCAGCAGGUGGGGCAGCGCGUCCGGGCGGCUGUGGCGGGUGGGGCUGAGCUGCGAGUGGGGCAGCGGGAGCCUGGUGGACUGCCCCAGGAGCUACGACUUCGAGGACCUCGGCCUUAUUCCCAGUGACUACAGUGACCUGGCAGGGGUGGAAUGCACCAACGAGACGGAGGCCAUCCGACUGGUGCAUGGCUCCGACGACGCCACCUCCAGCGGCCGGGGCACCCUGCAGCUGCUGCACCGCGGCACCUGGGGCGCACUGCAGCACGACGACUGGGACUGGCGGGACGCCAGGGUGGCCUGCAGGCAGCUGGGCUGGACGAACGGAUAUGCCGUACUGGAGUCAGGAUCCAAGUACGGCAUCCCGCCGGCUGGUCCCGUCUACCGUGUGGGCUACCGCUGCUUGUGGUCCGAGGUCGGGCUGGCGGAAUGUGAACGGCAGGCUGGGUUUGAUGUGGCUCAGAGCGACAGCGCCGGCUUCACUGCGCUGGCGGGACUGGAGUGUACCAACGAGCCGGACGGCCCCGAGGGCGGCCUGCGGCUGACCGGCGGCCCCACCGCCGCAUCGGGAACCGUGGAGAUCUGGUACAACGGCAGCUGGGGCUCCAUCCACCAGGCAUCCUCCUGGGACUGGCGGGCGGCGCGGGUGGCCUGCAGGCAGCUGGGCUACCAGAACGGCAAGCCGGUCUUCAACGCGGUGUACGGCAGGAGCAGGGGCCCCGUGUGGCUGUCUUCUGUGUCGUGCGGCGGCGGCGAGGCGGGGCUGGUGGAGUGCGGCAGGCCGCCCUUCGCGGACAGCUACAACGGGGGAAGCCACGAGGGGGACGCGGGGGUGGAGUGCACCAACGAUCCCGACCCCGAGGUCGGGUCAGUCCGGCUGGCGGGCGGAGCCGCUGCCAAUACCGGCCAGGUGGAGGUGUUCUACGGCGGCAGCUGGGGCGCCGUGUGCGCUGUCGGAUUCGGCAUUGUGGAGGCAUCUGUGGUGUGCAGGCAGUUGGGUUACCAGGGCACCUCCCGCUUGGAGCCGCUGCCCCCCGGCCGCCAGCACCCCGCCUGGUCAAACUGGCAGCUGGCGCCCGUGUGGCUUGCGGACCCGCGCUGCGGCGGGGGGGAGAGCCGGCUGCUGGAUUGCCCGGGGGCCGGGCAGCCGGGGCAGCAGUGGGGGUGCAGCAGCGGGGGCGUGGGGGUGACUUGUGGCUCGGACUCGCUGCCCCCUGAGGGCUCCCUGCGCCUGAUCUCGCCGGAGGGCAACAGCAGCAGCAGGGGGCAGCUGCAGGUUCUGCACAACGGCAUCUGGGGCGUCAUCGACCACACCGGGUUUGACUGGCAUGCUGCUCGGGUGGCAUGUCGGGAGCUGGGCUUCACGAGCGGUCGACCUGCGGCGUACAGCGUGUACGGAGGAGGCCAGGACAUGCCCUUCUGGCUCAGCCGGCUGCGCUGCUCGGGCGCUGAGAGCCGGCUGGUGGACUGCCCGCGAGACACGCCCUUCCUCUCUUACGCAUACGUGUACCCGGGCAACGAGGGGCACACUGCAGGGGUCAUCUGCUCGGCAGAUCCUGCCCCCGCCCCCGGCACUGCUCGCCUUGUUGAGGGCCCCGGCCCCUGGGCGGGUCGGCUGGAGGUGUGGUCCGAGUUGGAGGGCGCCUGGGGCACCGUGUGCAACAACGGCUUCAACGACCAGGCAGCGCGGGUGGUGUGCAGGCAGCUGGGCUACAUGGGGGGCAGGGUCGUCGGCAUCGGCGCCUUCACCCCCGGCGCCACCUCGGAGAUUGGGGAGCUGAGUCAGCCCUUUUCGCUGAGCUCGGUGGUGUGCAGCGGGCAGGAGGGCCGGCUGGCGGACUGCGGCUAUGUGGAGGGCAGCAGCCAGGCGCCCUGCGGGUGGGACCACACGGGGGACGUGGCGGUGUGGUGCGAUACAUCAGCGACAGGCAGCGAACCCGCCCUCGGAGCGGUGCGGCUGGUUGGGGGCCCGGGGCCCUGGUCGGGGCGAGUGGAGGUGUACUACAACGGGACAUGGGGCGCCAUGUGCAAUUUGGAGCUCACCGACUUGGACGCUCAGGUCAUCUGCCGGCAGCUGGGCUACUACGGUGGCCGACGUGCCCCACCCAUAUCGCUGCAAUCCAGCUAUGGCUACGAGACCCGUGGGUCGGUCCCCAUGUGGCUCAGAUACCCUGCCUGCAACGGCAGCGAGGCCGUCCUGACGCAGUGCUCGGGUGUGGGUCUGGGCGAGGGCUCCGGCUGGGACCACGACUCCUGCGGCCGGGUGCACUACUGGUUUGAUGCGGCGGUCAUGUGCAACCAGGUUCCGCAGGGCAUGGCGGUGGACAUGCCUCUUGACGCCCCAUCUCAGGACCCUGAGAAGCUGGGCAGCCCCUGGCCGAGCCGCCUGUACUGCCCGGAGCACUCCCUCCCCGGCGGCCUAGCCCUGCUGGUCGACUCGCCGCCCUACGAGAACGGAGGCGACUGGGCCGACAGCGCGGGCGUGCUGGGGAUCCGGCUCUACUGCUACCAGGACGGCACCCUCCUCACCACCGUCACCUCCGACCCGCUGCCCCCUUGGUCCUCCGGUACGGCAUCCUGGGGCCCCGAGAGCUCCUGUACGAGCGAUCCAGCGAUGCCGUACAUCACGGCUGCGCGCAUCCGGGUGGCCGGGGAUGAGGGCGGCGCUGCUGGGGACGCGAUGGACUCGCUGGGUGUGACGGAUGUGGAGUUGCGGUGCAGCAACUCCAACAUCAUCUCCGGCAAUGGCCUGAGCAACGGCACCUGGGGCGAGUGGGCGAGUUGCCCCCAGGGCACCGCGCUGUGCGGGUUGGGGCUGCAGGUCAACAGCUGGCGAGGUUGGGGGCUGCAGGGCACCAACGACGACACCGCUGUCACGGGACUCAACAUGUCAUGCUGCUUCAUGCCUCAGGGCUUCAACUCCGAUCCUGGCAGCCGUCGCGUGCGGCUGGCUGGCGGCAGCAGCCCCAGGGAGGGCCGCGUGGAAAUGCUCUCCUCCAAUAACACCUGGGGCCUGGUAUACGGAGAGGGCUGGGAUGCGCGGGACGCACACGUGGUGUGCCGGGAGCUUGGCUGGGAGACGGGGCGACCCGUGGGUCGUGCGGGCGAGCUGUACGGCGAGGGGUUCGCCCCGCUGCUGUACACUGGCGUGGACUGCAAGGGCACAGAAUCGAGUCUAGCGGACUGCUCUGUAGGCGAGUGGCUCGCUUUCGCUGACAGCUACUCUCACAGCUCCUUGGCUGGAGUUAUCUGCAGCGCAGAUCCUCCCCCCAAUGUGGGCACAGCCCGUCUGGUUGACAUCCAAGGCGUCCAGAGUCCUCUGACCGGGGUGGCGGGGCGCGUGGAGGUGUACUGGAAUUACACCUGGGGUGCCGUCAGCAUGGGCGGCACGGGCAGCACCUGGGACAGCACCUGGGACAACAAGGCGGCAAGCGUGGUGUGCAGGUCGCUGGGUCACCGCUGGGGCCGCGCAGUCCCCGCCCGCGACCUGGUUCCGGAGCCCGGCUACCCGCUCCCCGUGGUCGCAGCUAACCUGGACUGCACGGGGGAUGAAGCCUCGCUGCUGCUGUGCAGCACGGAGAGCGGCUUCCAGACCUCAUACGACGCCUACAGUCACAGCAACGAUGCAGGCGCCAUCUGCUCAGACGACCCUGUACCCGCUCCUGGCUCGCUGCGCCUACGCUACGGCGCCACCCCCGCGGAGGGCCGGCUGGAGGUGUUCCUCAACCUCACCUGGGACCGCGUGCCCUCCUCCUCCUGGCAGUAUGGCUGGCAGUGGCCCUACAACUUCGACCACGUAGAUGCGCGGGUGGCAUGCAGGCAGCUGGGUUACCGCGGGGGAGGCUGGGCGGUCAACGCCGCCGGCUGGGGCGGCUCUUAUGAGGGACCGGUGUGGCUUAGCGACCUAACGUGUGCGGGCAAUGAGACGUCGCUGCUGGGCUGCCUGUCGAGCAGUAACGGCAAUAGCUGGAGCCAGCACUGGUGGUGGCCGGGGGCGACGGGAGUGAUCUGCACGCAGGAAAACCCGCCGGCGGACGGCACCCUGCGCCUGGUGGGCAGCAGCCCCUCCGCGGGCCGGCUGGAGGUGGCGGUGGGCGGCAUGUGGGGCACGGUGGACCCCACCGACUGGGGCUGGGCGGAGUCGCUGGUGGCAUGCAGGGCGCUGGGGUACAAGAGCGUCCUCGACUUGGCGGCCGGUGCGGGCGAGGCAGUGCACCCCGGCAUCAUCACCUCCUACUACCUGCCCGUGUUGCUGUCAGGCAUCAGCUGCAACGGCUCCGAAGCCUCCCUGGCUGAAUGCUACGAUGGCACCACCUACGGCCCCCCUGUCGGGCAGGCAUACGGUCAGCCCAUGGACCGUCCACGUGUUCUGCUGCGCUGCUCGCACCAAGCGCCGCCUCAACAGCUGUCCGUACGGCUGACUGGCAGCCCCGUGCCGUACAUGGGCCGCCUGGAGGUGUGGUGGGCGGGCGCCUGGGGCACCGUCUCCCGCCAAACCACCAGCGGCGGCUCCGCGGCCUUCGGACCGGUGGAGGCGGCGGUGGCAUGUCGCAUGCUGGGUUAUGAGCCGCUGUACGGCAACACCUCUGACGUGCUGCGUGGGGAGAGCUUCGGGGAGGCCUACUCGCAGGUCCCAAUCCACUACCAGCAGUUCGCCUGCAGCGGCACUGAGACCUCCCUGUGGGACUGCCCGGGGUUCGAAGGACCCAUGGGUCACACGCAGCUGGGUCCCGGCUCGUCGUCUGAAGCCUAUCUACAUAACUACGACGUGGGCCUAGCCUGCCAGCCGCCUCCUUCUGAUCCGGUGCAGUACUCGCCGCCGCCCCGGCCACCCCCGAUCCCGCCCUCGCCUCCCAAGCCCUCACCACCAUCGCCCCCACCCGCCAACCCGCCUCCUUCUCCCAGCCCUCCGUCCAGCCCCUUCACCCCACCCCAUCCCAGCCCGGCGCCUCCUUCGCCGCAUGCCCCUCCGUCGCCUCCCCCCUGGCCGCCCAGCCCGUUACCAC